AUGGUCAACCAUAGUGGACUGGGUAAAACUAAAAUGCCGCUUUUUAAGAGUCACCAACAUGCCAUCGAAGCAGGCCAUAGACCGAUGUUUGGUACAGGGCAUGACUUACACAUCAUUGUUGCUAUCAUAUUUAUUGGAACCAAAGCGGGGCCUUUGAGGCUGAUUUAGAAUUGAAUAAGUCGUUCAUGUGACCAUCGGAUCAUAACUUUCAUUACCUAAACUGUAUGAAAGCUUAAGUGUCAUGGGCGUUCAUUGUUUGGUCCUUUUGUUUUGGUUUUGUUUUGUUUUUUUGUUUUUUUUGGUUAUUUUAUGUUGGAUUUUUUGUAACCAAUCGUAAUAAUCGCCCUGAUACGACAUUAGGAGCAGGCAUCUUAUUGAUACAGGAUACAGCUUGGAGCGUUAACAAGAUCAUACAUGACUAAGGAGCAGUGCAGCAGUGAGUAGCAGUGAGUAAAUAAAACAUUAGAAUGAAAGUAGACAGAGAAGUCUCGCGCAGCUCUUAGGUAAGUAAUUAACUAAAUCUUAAGUAUGCUUAAAAGACCAUAUAAUUUUUUUCUGAAUAAAAAGCUAAUCGACAAAUUUACUGAUAGCCGUGUAUUACAAUUCCAAAGAGUAACAUAACUAUUCGAAAAUUGUCUUCUUAUGCAACAUGAAAUUUACGUGGAAAAGAAAUUUUUUAGUUGACUACACGUCAAUUUAUGUGGACACAAUAUAUACUUCCCAAUCUUUUUUAAGACCUUCUUAAGAGCGCUUGUCUGUAAAAAUCAGACAAAUCCUAAAUUCUUAUUUUAAUAUUAGACAGGCAAGACUAUAACUAAAAUCACUGGAUACUUUUUUUGGCAAAAUAUCUUUUUAUUUCAGAGAAAAAUAAAAAUAACAAAAUUCCGUUAAAAUCGUCAUUAUUGCACAAGUUUGAGGGCUUCGUGUUCAAAAACGAAUCACAAUCUCGUCUUUUUAACACUCAAAUCUUCUUUUUCAACCUCAUAAGACCUCACAAAACGAUUUUUAUAAACACUGUGUUCCUCUUUGCGUGUAAAAUAAUUUAAUUUCGAAAGCAUACAUUUCUCUUCAGUAAAAGUACUUUGUGAGUAAAGUUAAUUUUCAGCAUGUGCUAAACCUUCAAAUGGAUUAAGCUUUGGGCAGUAGAAUUACGAAUAGAUGUUCUCAAUAUUACUGUAAAAAUUUAUUUGGGCAAAUGAUUGAGAGCGAUACCGAAAGCUUUUCAAAGUCCGUUAAAAUGCAGUCAUUUGACCUUUCGCGGUCAACAUUCCAGUCGCGAGUCACACACGUACUUUAAUAUGAUUCAACCCAUAUGAGGCCGGAAAAUGUACACGAGUACACAUUUCCAAAUGCUCUAACCUCAUUUGCGGUAGAAGAAAGAUCCAAAGACCAUUUUACUGUGGUUAUCUCGUCGCUCGUCGUAUUUAUAACGUCCGAUGAAACUGCCUGUCAAUCUGCGAACUGUCAUCAACCUUCGUUGUAAAACGUUUGACAUCUUUCUGUACUGUGGCAUCUUAUCCAGCGGUUCAGUUGACUGUGAGAGUUGUUCGGUUUGUGGUGCAGUAGAUCUGAUCGAUGCUUUUAAAAGUGGCACUACACAUAUGUUGCAGUCAACGCAGUUUUGUAUACGGAGAGUCGUCACGCAAUGCAAAUCAUACAAUGGAAAGUUAUUUUUUAGGGGGUGGGAAGGGGAAAGUAAAAAGACGUCACUCUGCUGCUAAGCUUUCUUUAGUUGUUGUGAACAUCGAAAUCUCUCACAUGUAAGUCGCGGAGAUCGGGCCUUUGGCUGAUACUUGUUGAAAAGCUAAAUUUAGUACCUGCUAAAAAUAGAAAGCCUUAGUAAACAAAACCUGGUUUAUGGUAAUUACACGAUGCCUAUUGUUUUGUUCGCUUAGAGCGGGGCUUCGGACUUUGUUUUUAACAAAUACACUAACUUACACGGUCAACUAUGUUACAUAAAAUUGGAAGGUUGUUGUUCGUUCAAGUCGCUUAUUGGCGGAGUUUGUGAUUACAACACUAGAGAUCGAAUGCGUGAAACGGAAAUUGUUCCUUUACUUUCAUGCACCAAGAAUAUCGCAAGUCAUGAGUCGGCUUUCAAAUUUACCGGUCCUGAAGAUGAGAUCGACCUUAUUUUGUGCCGAGCGCACAUAUGUCGGCCCCUCUGUAGUUUAAGGUUUUAAACGGUAGUUGGGUCUGUUAACGGUGGUUAAUAGUACCACUCCCUUAUGCAAGCCCCACCCAUUGGCCACGGAACAUAGCACCCCAGCCUCACAUAAGCCACACAUCCCCACCACCGUGUUUUGUAGCAUGGUGUUGUAAAAAUGUACAAAAGGUUCUCUUCCGUGCUAUUAGGAUAUUCCUUGCAAUUUUAGAGGAAAGAAAAACGCCCCUAAUAAGUACGACAGGCACAGAGCGCCAAAAAAACAAGAAUAAUUCCCUGCAAUAAAUAAAUGUAUUUUACUGUUUGUCACCAGACAAAGAUGACACUAUUACAAAAAUGUUUAAAGAAUAAAAUAUUUUGUAGGUUCCAAGAGUUCAAUUCUGAUAGUGCUUAAUUAUAUGGAGUUUUGCCCUUCACCUACCCGCUAAAGUUCCUUUGUCACCGGUAUUGCGUGACAAUCCAAAUACUUAAAGGGCGUACAUGUUUGUAGUCAACUCAGUUUAGCAUUGAAUUAGACUGUCAGAUGUAAUCUUUGCAUUGUAACUGAGCAAUACUCGCAGUCAACUGAACCGUUGAAUAAGAUGCCACAGUGAAGAAAGAUAUCGAACGUUUGACAACGAGAUUGUGUUCGACAGGGUUGGUGGUUUCAUCGGACGUUAUCAUUUAUACGGACCUAAAUACGACGAACGACAAGAAAAUCGCACUAAAAUGGUCUCUGGAUCGGUCUUCUGCGGCAAAUGAGGUUAGAGCAUUUAGAAAUAUCUUUCUAUGUACAUUUUUCGACCUCAUAUGGGUUGAAACAUAUUAAAAUAUGUGUGACUCGCGACUGGAAUGUUGAUCGCAAAAGGUCAAAUAACUGCAUUUUAACGGAUUUUGAAAAGCUUUUGUAUCGCUCUCAAUCACUUGCCCAAACAAAUUUUUACAGUUUUAUUGAGAACAUCUUUUCGAAAUUCAACCACCAAAAGCUUAAUCCAUUUGAAGGUUUAGCACAUGGUGAAAAUUAAUUUUAUUCACGAAGUAUUUUUACUGAAGAGAAAUGCAUGCUUUCGAAAUUAAAUUAUUUUAAGCGCAAAGAAGAGCGCAAUGUUUACAAAAAUCAUUUUGUGAGGCCUCAUGAGAUCGAAAAAGAAGAUUUGAGUGUUUAAAAGACGAGAUAGUGAUUCGUUUUUGCACGCGAAGCCCUCAAACUCGUGCAAUAAUUUGCUGCUAAAAAUGACGAUUUUAACGGAAUUUCGUUAUUUGUAUUUUUCUCUGAAAUAAAAAAAUAUUUUGCCAAAAAAGUAUCCAGUGAUUUUAGUUAUAGCCAAGCCUAUCUAACAUUAAAAUAAGAAAGAAAUCGAAUUUUCCACCCUUGCCGCGAUAUGUUUGAUUUUUACAGACAAGCGCUCUUAAGAGCCUCUGAAGAAUAUAAUACUCUUAAUGACAUUACCUUACCGCAAAAUUUUUAGUGACAGUUAAGAUACUAUCAGUGUCAUCAAAAAUUAGUCUGCAAAAUAUAUUUCACUGUUCGCCCAGCUCGCCUUGACUCGUUUUCCUUACCAGUCUCUCUCCGAAUCAUCUUGUUGACACGCAACUCCAUGUCGCAACUCUAGGUCGAAAGCUUCCUAAACGAAAGUAACAACAUUAAUUUUAAGUGAUAGUUCAGAGGCAGAAACAAAACUAUGAGUAAACCAGAUCUAGGAGAUAACGAUCAUCAACAUAAUCAAGUCUUAACAGACGCUGAGAGCCAUAUUAAACAAGCUUGCGAGAUGUUACAACGAGAAGCAGCAAGACUUCGUCACGAGCAGAGAGCAAUCGACGCCAUGUCGAAGAAGUUAGAGCAUGUUCACUUUUCUUCAACAAUACAGCUAAAUGUUGGCGGUCAUCGCUUCACCACAAGUCUCCAAACGCUGACCAAAGAUCCAAAUUCGAUGCUGGCUGCCAUGUUUUCCGGGAAGUUUGAGAUGAAGCCUGCUGAUGACGGCGCUUUCUUUAUCGACCGAGAUGGAACACACUUCCGGUUUAUACUCAAUUAUCUUCGUAGUGGGGAGUUGAUUUUACCAGAAGGUGCAACAUUUCUGAAAGAACUCAAAGCUGAAGCCAAGUUCUACCAGAUCCAAGGGAUAUUGGACGAGUUGGUGCCUAAAGCUCCGCAGAAUUUCGAAGAAUCAGUAAUUCUGACGACUGAAGAGCACCGAAGCGUGCUGAGCGGUUGGUUGCCUCAACAGUACGGCAAAUGGCAGCUUCUGAUGCGAGCUUCUCAAGAUGGCUUUCAAGCUCAAACCUUCCAUUCCAAAUGUGACAACAAAGGGCCCACUGUCACCAUCGUGAAGAGCGGAAACAACAUUUUCGGUGGAUUCACUGAAAUAUCGCGGAGCAGUAAGUACAUUAAUUAGUUGUGACAGGGUUAAUCUAAGGUAUUUUUGGCCGCAUUUAGCGGGGUUGAAUAUAAAUUUUAAUUUAAAGUAUACAACAAAAUCCGUAAAAUAACGGGAAAGUGGAAAGAGACAACAAGAAGUGAAAAGGAAAAUAAAAAGCUGGCUUAAGAUCUCUGCAGAAGAUUUAAAGUUGAGGAAAUCAUUAUGAAAUAUUAAUAGCCUUUCAAACGUUUUUAAAUAUAGACAGUCGAGCAUUGCAAAUGAUAAACAUGAAUAAACGUAAACAAUAAUUCGUUCAAGUCGAUUUUAAAGGUGGGCUAUGUCUACUUAAGGUUGACUCGUUGUUUCUAUGUUUUAGCUUAAGUCAUAGAAAACAAGUACAACAAAUUGGUUUUAAAAAGAAGAGGUGUCUCUUUAGCGCAGGAGGCUCGACGUUGUAAGCAUGAAUAUUAGGGCUGAUAGAGACCCUCUUCCCAUGCCCCUGUUCUCGAUUGGACUCUUUAAAAAGCACAUGUAAGUGUGUAGAAAGGAUGGGAGAGGGAGGAGGUUAGUAGUCGAGAUCAUCGCCGUUUAUUUUUGGAUAUGAUGUAAAGCUGGUUUAGAAAUAUAACAUUUGAACACUAUUCCAAAAUUUGCAUCAAUAUAAGUUUUGGUUUUUCUUCUCUAAAACAGGUCAGGGUAGCUGGGUGCGCUGCUCACAGUCAUUCCUAUUCAGCAUAAUGAAUCCGAAAGGAGUGGCUCCGAGUAAAAUGCCUCUUGUAAAAGAUCAGCCGUUUGCCAUUUACUGUGAUAGCAACAGUGGGCCAACAUUUGGAGGAGGGCAUGACUUCCAUAUAUCAAAUAACGCAAACACAAGUGGUAAAAGUUACAGUAUUCUCGGCUACUCGUAUCAGCCUCCCACCGGACAGCAGAACACAUUCCUCACGGGAGCUCAAUAUUUUAAUGUGACGGACUACGAAGUCUUUGGAAUCUGCUAAUGACAACCGUCGCCAGCAGGUUAAACUUCACGAUGAUUUGAACCAUCUUCUCGGUUAUUACUUUUUCAAAAGCUUAACUUUUAUUUCCAUUUUCUACAUCGAAAUACAUCAUUUUAUUCCGCCUGCAACUAAAGCAAAUUACAAGAUUCCCGUAGAAACCAUACUACACUAUCUGACUAUGUCUAUUGGGGAAAUCUUUUCGAGCAAAGUUCCACACUUCAUUACACAUACUGUUCUUGGAGAGAAAGCAAUGGCAAAACAGUAGAUCGCCUUUAAUUUGGGAUUAAAGCUUUGCAUUGUUUAAGAAUAGUAUUGGGUUAUACGGAAAGCUUUCCAGUUGUCUGGCUGACGGAAAAGAAGCCGUCACAAGUACUGAUACAAAAGCUGUUCGACACUUUUACUUUUAGUAGAUUCCGGGAGCCCUUCAAUUCGAAUUCCUAAGGAAAUAAAUGCGUAGAAAAGCCGUAGACGAUCCAGUUAUCUAUAAACUUUUUUCAUUUGUGCACUCGUUUCACCGGUGGAAAAGAGCGGAUGAAACAAAACAAACAAAAGUUAGGAUUUGGUAGGUUGUUCUUUAUGGAACGUAAUAAAUAUACUGUUGACUUGUCGGUUGUGUAUUUAUACGGAUUGUCAUACUUUGGAUUACGAUUCUUGCUGAAAGAAAAAACUGUAAAUUCAUGAAGCUAUUUAACUCAUCGGGCAAAUGCUGCCUACACUGAUUGUGAUUCAAAUGGCGGACAUGAGAUAUAAUUGGUGAUACUAACCUGAAUAUGACCGUUGUUUGACGUCUCGAUGUUUACUCAAACAUAAUCAUCUGGAAAAUAUUCGUUAAGGUCAUGUGAAGGGACAAAAUAACAUAAUGUGAACAUUCCUGCGUUCAUAAUUUUACGCGGAUUAGUUGCUAUAAGUGACGGGUGCAGCUCUUUGAUAAAUAAAAUCUAGAAAUCAAGUCAAUUGAAACAACUUAGGC